AUGGCGGCCGCAAGCCUCGACGCCACGGCCAAGCCCAAGGCCCGCGGCAGCAACAUCUGGGAGGAGUAUUACCCGCUACUACAGCCCCAGGCCCACCUUCGAAGCUCGGGGCCGCUGAGCAACUUCUUUGCGCCCGAGGUUGUCUGCGCCUACCAAGACGGCGUCCACGCGUUCCUCGUCUCUCUCUUCUGCGUCUCGACGCUUUCGCUCACGGGUCUCGUGCUCUGCGGUCUCUUCUCGCUGCCCAUAGCUUGCAGUACAGUAUGCCACCUCAUCUGGCUCGUUUCUCCGGCUGUGGCCGCCAUGGCGCUCCGUCGCAUCGUGUUUGCCCACCUCGGCGAGGGCGGCGCGCCUAUGUGGGAAGUGCCGCAAUGGCGCGACCUCUUUGCAUGCUACCCGCGGUCGUCCAUGGUGCGGCUUCUCGUCUUGAGCUACUGCAUUCCGCUCUUUUGCCAAAUUGCAGCCUACACGCUCACGACCGCGACGCGGAUGGUCAACCCGUUCAACCGCGCGUUCGUCGAGCGCGCCGAGACGGUCUUUAGCUUUGGCAACCCCGACGCCAUGGAUGGCGGGCUCGUCUUUUACGUGUUUUACGUCGUCCUUGCCGGUGUCUUUUGGGACCCGAUCCCGCCACCGCGCUACGACGUUGGCAUCGCGUUUGGCGGCCGCGCAAUGGGGUGCAGUUGGCUCCUCCUCGCCGUCGCGCAAGAGAUCGGCUGGAGUGGCGCCUUGUACCCAGCGCUCGAGAUCAUUUGCGGCCACAGCGCGUUCCUUGCAUCCAUCGCGACCGGUGUCGUUUGGGCGCUCUGGCACUGGCCGCUCAUCAUUGCCGAGUACUUCAACUGGAUUCCGACCGGGUCGGGCUACGCUAUCGUCGAGGCGCCGUCGUAUGAGCUCGUGAGCGUGCUCGUUCUCUUCACGCUCGUCCUCAUCGGCGCUCGCAUGACCAUGUGCUGGAUCCAAGGCAAGACAAGCCACGCGAUUUGGUCGAGCGCCGUGUACCAUGCGUCGCACAAUUUGUACAUUGUGAGCGUCUUUGGACAGCUCAUGGCGCCGCUCUACGAGAAGCUCUCGGCGUUCCCAUACUUUUCGAGCCAAAGCAGCGUCUGCCUCCUCGUGACGACGUGGUUCUCGACGUGCAUUCUCUCGCAGCUCUUCCGGUCGCCGUACUUUAAGCUCUUUCGCCGCAAGCGCCAGAGCUACUACAACUAG